AUGUUUGGGAUUACUUUCUUGUGUUUCCUUCAGGGAGUGGAAGAGCCGUUUCUCGUUGCGGUUGAUGAAACUGAUAUGAUUAAUCAUCUCAAGGAAGGUAUUUUGUCCAGGAGAAGAGGAAUUAUUCGUGAAAAUGCCGAGACAUUCAAAAUAUGGAAAGUGUUCAUUCCUGUUAAUGAAUAUAAUAAACUGAGAAACCCUCCAGUUGAAAUAGAAAGUGGUGAGGAAUUAGAAGGUAGUCAGAGAAUAACGUCUAUUGGGGAAGUUCGCAAUGAAUAUAUUCAAGUCUUUAUGGAAAAUCCUGAUUCGGUAAUUAUUCCACCCACUUUGACGAAACAGGUUAAAGAAACAGAUAACAAGAUUAAAGGAUUAGAAAAUAAGAUUCAAGGAUUAGAAAAUAAGAUCCAAGGUUUGGCUAAUAUAAUUCAAAGUGUGGCUAGCAUCGACGGUGCAGGUGUGGAGAUGGAUUGUUAUCUUGAGGAAAUCUGUAAAUUGGGAGUUAUUAAAGUAAGCGACGAGUUACAUAUAAAAAAAGGUUACAGUGAAGAUCCUAAACCUGUUAAAAUUGGAUGCAGGGUAAUUGGGAUUGAUAAUGGAAUAUUUACCGUUACCCUCAUUGGCUAUGACGAAGAACGAAAAAUAAUUACCUCGUUAGUAUUGCUUGAAAUUUGGUUACUUAAUAAAUUCAACCUAGAUAAACAGUAUAGACCUAAAUAUUAUAGUCGUCCUGAUGAAAAUAUUGAUAUUAUACGUAAUGGGGAGGAUAUGGGGAAUGUUAAAAAAAGAUAUAAAGAAUUAAAAAAAUAG